AAUAGUUGAAAUUAAAAUGAUAGGAAAUAUUAAAGUUGAAAGUGAACCAAUUGGCAGUAUUCCAAGACCAUCAUCAUUAAUUAAGGAAAUAAAUGAUUUUAGAAAUGGUAAAGUUGAAUUACAAACAUUAAAUAAAGAUAUAAAUUUAGCUAUAAAGGAAACAAUUGGUGAAUUUAUUAAGACUAACCAAAGUUGUAUUUGUGAUGGUGAACAAAGUAAAAUUUCAUUUAUUGGAUAUCCAAUAUUUGGAUCUAAUCAGUUUAAUGGUGAUGGUUCAGUUUAUUUUGAUAGAAAAGAUGAAAGAAAGUCUGUUGAUCCAAAUGUUGCAGUUUCAAUUGACUUUUUAGAUGGUCAUUCCCGUCAUAUUCCAAAAUUAAAUGGUAAAAACCUUCCAUUCCGUUAUGCUAGAUAUGCAAGUGAUUUCGUCAAAGAGGCUCUUCCUAAUUGUGGUGGUGUUCCAUAUAAACAAGCUAUAAUUUCACCUUCUGCUUUAAUGUUGGUAUACCCAUCUGAUCCAAUUGAAGGCUAUUCUCGUGAUCAAUUCAUUGGUGAUCUUUUGAAUGAAUGUGAAAAAGAUAUUCGUCAAUGCUUUGAAGCUGGUGCUAGUUUUGUUCAAAUUGAUGCUACUGAGCUUAGACUUUCGUUAAAACUUGACCCAUCUGGUUCUCUCUUUAAUGCAAUGAUUGGCUUGAUUGCAACACUUCUUUCAAGAUUUUCUGAAGCAGAAUUACAAAAGAUUGGUAUCCAUGAAUGUAGAGGUGGUGAUUUUGGUUCACCACAUAGUGAAACAGUAGAUAUCACCAAAGAUUUAUUACCAGGUCUCUUUUCUCUUCAAUUAGGCAGAGUCUUUAUUGAAUAUGCCCAAGAAAACAAUAGAGAAAAGAUUUUACAAGUAGUUUCUUCCCAUAUAAAACCAAACCAAAAAGUUUUCUUUGGUGUAACUAGAAUUGAUAGAAAUGUAGAAUCAGUUGAUGAAAUUAAAAAACUAGGACUUGAAAUUGCAAACCAUAUUUCUCCAAACCAAUUUGGUUUAUGUGAUACAUGUGGUUUUUCACCUUUCUUUGAUGGUGAAGCUGUACCAAGAGAUGUUGCUUUUAAAAAAAUGUUAAAUCGUUCUGAAGCUGCUAAAUUAUUAGAAAAUAAAUUUAAUAAUCAAAAUUAAUAAAAUUUUAUUUAUAUAAAAAUUUUGAUUUUAAAAAAAUU